AGGUUGAAGACAGGUAGUCGAAUCGUUGACGAUUGAUCGUUCAGUAUCAACGGUGCACCAUGGCAGCUAUAAUUCAAUUUCUCCUUUUGCUGUGCGUUUCGGCGCUGUUUACAAGCGGUUUCGCAGAAACCAUCGAUGUCGAAGAAGACGAAGUAGUUUAUAGGUCAAUGACGAACAUCAGCUCGAUAGUCGACCUUAUGUUGCCCAAGCUUCGCGAAUACAUACUGAAUAAGGGAAUGGACCCGUUGAAAUUGAACAACAUAUAUCAGCAGCUGCCAGGCGUGGUCAUACGUAACAGAGUGAUCAAUUUGACAAACGGACGGCUUCAAGGGCUAUCAAGCAUAAACCGAGUAGGCGACACUAUUUUAAUUUCCAACAAUAGUGGUGUUUACACUGUAAUUGCCACGUUGGGAUUCGAUGUAAUCGACGGUACCUAUGACUACCUGUUCAAAGAUUUCUUGAUUAAUAGACGGGGACUCAUAACAGGACGUUUCGUCGACAUCAACGUAAAAGUGGUCGCGGAUGUGAACUUCAGAAACCGUGAAGUUGUUCUACGUACGGUCAACAUCGUCAAAGUCGGUGAAUUGUCCAUAACCUUCAAAGGCCAUAACAUAAUCGAUUCCGUGGUAAAUCUUAUACUGAAACAUGUCACGAAUCGUUUCCGUGAUACAAUUUUAUCCGCGGUGGAAAAACAAUUAGUCGGUAUCGCCCAACAAUACGUAGACAAACUGCUAAAUAAUCUUCCACUAUCCGAAGAAUUUAUGGUGAACAACGACAUUCUGAAAUCUAUACCAACUUCAGUCAACAUCAUAACAGACGAUUCGUUUUCGACAUAUGAAUUGGAACAGGAAAAAUUUGUAUAAAGAACAAUGUACUGGUUACUUUCGUUAAAUAUAAUAAAACGCAUUAAACAUUA